AUGAUCUCGUGGUUCCUGAGUUUGAGCCUGGUUUUGGGCUCUGUGCUGACAGCCUGGAGCCUGGAGCCUGCUUUGGAUUCUGUGUCUCUCUCUCUGCCCCUCCCCACCAAAACUAAAUAAACAUUAAAAUUUUUUUAAAUAAAGAAAACUGCCUUCUGUUAAAUCAUACCAAACAUGUUUGAAUUUAUUAUUUUUUUUUGUAGAAAUUAAGAAAGUGAAAGCAAAUGUGCCUGCUGUAACUACUCCAGUCAUGAGGGACAGACAGCAAGCAGUUCAGCUUGUGGCAAGUAGCCUGCAGCAUUUGAUUGUAGUCGCCAUGAGUUUGCCCCUAAAUCCCAAAACCUUCCUGAAAGGAUUAACAGGAAAGCCAGUAAUGACAAAACUCAAGUCCAGAAUGGAGUACAAAGACCACCUGGUAUCUGCAGACGGCUAUAUGAACAUGGAGCUCGCAAAUGCAGAAAAAUACAUAGAUGGAUCAUCGUCUGGACAUUUCAGUCAAGUUAUAACAGGGUGUAAUAAUGUCCUUCAUAUCAGGGGUGUUGAAGAAGAGGAAGAAGAUGGGGAAAUGCGAGAAUUGCAGCUUUUGUGGGAAUUUUUUUUUUUUAAAUACAUAUUUCUAGACGAUAAAUAGGUUUUUUUUUCCCCUUUGGACAUCAAUGCAAGAUAUUUCCUGAAAGUAAAUGCAAGAUAUGUAAGUCUAAAUCACAUCUUGGGAAACUGAGUAAUUUUCAGCAAAGUAUCAGCCACGUGACCAUGAUAGCUUAGAUCUGCCUUUUGUCUAAACUAUCUACUCAGAAGUUUCU